AUGGAGGAGAAGGACUCCUCUACAGUAGGUGUAGAGGGAGAAGAGAAAAAUGAGGAUCUACAAAAAAGAGUGCCUAAGAAGGCAGAGUGGCAAAUAGUAGAAGAGAAGAGAAGAAAGAAAGUAUUCAGAUCCUCUGUGUUGGGAAAGCUUACGAGCAAGGCCAACGCAAUAAAGUCCUGGAUGGAAAGUCCAGAAAACAAGUGGUACGUACAAGGCGAGCUGACAUUGUGGCGUGAGACGUAUGAGGAAUUGAAAGAAGCACAUAGGCAAUAUCAGCUUACCCUGUCACCGGAACAGGCGGAAGAAGAUAACAAGCAGUGGGCUGCUGACAAGUUUGAAUCAGCAGAAAUCUUCUAUCACGAAGUGGAAAGGUGGAUGGAUAUAAGUACAGAUCACACAGAACCCCUCGGGGCAGAUGGAUUAAGUCUAACAGUCAAACCGUCGGACAGUGUUUCUCAAACAGGUUCACUAGGAAGGCGAUCGGUUCAGAGUCGUACAAGUACAGCUUCUCGAGUAGACUCUGAAAUUAAAAGGCUAGAGCUGAUGGUCCAGGCCACUGCACUGCAGGAGAGAUUAGCUCUAGAAAGGAAGUCCUUGGAGAUUGAACAGGAAAAACAGCUGUUAGCGAUAAGGACUGAGAUUUCCGUAGAGGAUGCGAAGAUCAAGAUGUUCAAGGAUAUGGAAGAGCAGGAGCUCAGAGGUGAUAAACACGGCGGGGAAGAACAUCCCAAGUGGCGUUCACCUGUCUUGGAUCCCAACAUCCUCAGCUAUGUACCUCGUCAAGUAAAGCAAGAAGAACAGGGGCAUAGCGUACUCUGGACGGCUACAGAUAAGACAAGGCCGAAGCGUGAGUAUAGUAACUCGGAGCGAAGGGAUCACAAUCUUGGCUACAGUGCUUUGAGGAUGCCAAGCGGUCGCACACUGUACCAGCCUCCAGUUCGUACACCUCAGCAACCCCCAAACGCCACAAACGACAUGUUGCAAACAAGUACAACUCUGCCACCUGAACCAAAGCAGAACAUCUCCGUCAGCAAAGGAUUACCACAGCAUGUUGACAACGUGGUAAGUCAGCAAAGAAGUGAGCAAGGGAACACAGUCACCACAACCCCUGAGGAGUUUCUGCAAGGGCUAGUGAGUGCACAGGCAGAGGUCACCAAGCUGAUGGUGGAACACAACAAACAAGCCAGCCUGCCAACGAGAGCUAUCAGUGUUUUCGAUGGUGACCCACUGAAGUACACAACAUUCGUAAGGACAUUCAAACAUGCGAUAGAAGACAAGACAUCAGAUGCAGAAGACCGUUUGUCAUAUCUACAACAGUAUACCAGAGGGGAGGCCAAGAAGAUUGUGGACAGCUGUUUCCUAAUGGAUCCUGAAGAAGGAUUCAGGAAAGCAAAGGAAUCCCUACAAGAAAGGUAUGGGACACCCCACAAGAUAUCUCGGGCGUACUCCAUGCAAGUCUCCAAGUGGCCAGAGAUCAAGGCAGAAGACAAAGCGGCCUUGAAGAAUUUCGUCUUGUUCUUAAUGGAAUGUAAAAACGCCAUGAGUGGAGACAGGUACCUGAGAGAGUUGGAUCAUUAUUCCAACAUCAAGUUGCUUGUGGACAAGCUUCCUUUCAAGCUAAGAGAAAGGUGGAGAAGGCACUCUCACGGAAUAGUGAAGGAACGCUCAGUCACUUUCAGUGACUUUGCUGCCUUCGUGCAGAAAGAAGAAGACGUGGUCUCUAAUGAGGUCUUUGGCGAUCUCAACAACAGAGAGAAGAGCCAGAGUUCUAGCUUCAAACAGAAGUAUGGACCUAGGAGGGGUUCAAGCUUAGCAGUAGCUAUGGCAACAGACAGUGCAGAAACUGAGUCUACAGGUGGCUGUCUGUACUGUGCGAAAACCAAUCAUUGCCUGAGCGACUGUAGGGUGCUCGGCGCCAAACCAAUGGACGAACGCCUGCGGUACAUCAAAGGCCAAGGUUUGUGCUUUGGUUGCUUGAAAGCUACAACACACAUGGCGAGGGACUGCAGGCAGCGGGCAGAGUGUAAGAGGUGUCAAAAAUCUCACCCUACUGUGUUACACCGGGAUGCUGGAACGGUACCCAAGAAGACGGCUGCAGUAGGACGAGUACUACGCACCGGAUGUAGCUGGGAAGGAGUGCCACCGAUAAUUCCUGUGAAGGUCCGCAGCAAGACCACAAACAUCACAGUCGAAACAUAUGCUUUCUUGGACUCGGGAAGCGAUGUGGUAUUCUGUACCGAGGCCUUAAAGGAUCAGCUGAAGACAAGUGGCAGGAAAACAAAGUUGAAGCUGAAUACAAUUAAUGACACCAAAGCAGUGCAGAGCGAAGUCCUGCAUGACCUAGAGGUCAUGGACUUGAAAGGGGAAAACACAAUCCCCAUAGCAACAGCAUACACGCAAAAGAAAAUACCUGCAUCCAAGACAAACAUCAUAACGACGAAGGACCUUACGGCAUGGCCAUAUCUCAAUGAGGUAGACGUGCCUCAGAUUGAUGCAGAAAUUGGAUUGUUAAUUGGUAACAACGUGCCUAAGGCUGUAGAGCCCUGGCAGGUAGUCCACAGUCAAGGCGGAGGUCCAUACGCCAUCAGGACGGUACUAGGAUGGUCAGUAAAUGGACCCCUCAAGGGGGCCAGUGAUGACAAGGCUAAUGUCAACAGAAUCAGUCUGGAUCAACAGCUGACAGAGUAUUUCAACAAUGAUUUCAACGAAACAAAGGAUGAUAAGAAAGAAAUGUCAGUGGAAGAUCAAAGGUUUAUGAAGAUCGUAUCAGAAGGCACGAAGAAAGAAGAUGGCCAUUAUCAGAUUCCGUUACCCUUCAGAAACGGUCCACCAGAGCUGCCAAACAACAAGCAAGUAGCCCUUCAAAGAGCUAACCAUCUAAGAAGGAAGAUGACGAAAAAUGGCAGCUUCCAAGAAGAAUACACCCUGUUCAUGCAGAAAAUAAUAGAAAAGGGCUACGCGGAACGGGUACCCACAGAACAGCUGAAGACUGAGUCAGGCCGGGUAUGGUACGUUCCCCACCACGGGGUGUACCAUCCGCAAAAGGGAAAGAUGCGAGUUGUCUUUGACUGCGCCGCAUCCUACGCCGGCACCUCCCUCAACAAGGAGCUGCUUCAGGGUCCAGAUCUGACCAGCACGCUGUUCGGAGUGUUAACUCGGUUCAGACAGGAACCCGUGGCCUUGAUGGCAGAUAUUGAAGCAAUGUUCUCCCAGGUUAAAGUACCAUCAGAGGACAGGGAUUAUCAGCGCUUCAUGUGGUGGCCGGAGGGUCAGAUAAACAAACCGCUGGAAGAGUAUCGUAUGACAGUGCACGUGUUUGGUGCGACGUCCUCCCCUAGCUGUGCCAACUACGCUUUGAAAAGAUUGGCGGAUGACUGCAAGGAUCAGUAUGAUGAAGAAGUGCUGAAAGCAAUCAAAGGUGAUUUCUAUGUUGAUGACCUGUUAAAAUCAACAGAAACUGUAGAGAAAGGACAGUGUUUGGCCGAGGAUAUCCGAAGUGUGUGUGGCACUGGAGGUUUUAGGCUGACUAAAUGGAUCAGCAAUUAUCAGCAAGUUAUCAAGGCUGUACCAGUGACUGAGAGGGCGGAGGAAGUUAAGAACCUAGACCUGAAAUAUAACAGUAUGCCCACAGAAAGAGCACUGGGUAUGCUGUGGAAUGUGCAAACUGACACGCUGGGCUACCGAACCCUCAGUACAGAAAAGCCGGCCACGAGAAGGGGAAUAUUGUCAGUGGUCAGCUCCUUCUACGACCCCUUGGGAAUGGUAGCACCAGCACUCUUACCGCCAAAGAUGAUCCUGCAGGAUCUCUGCAAAGAAAGUCUGGGCUGGGAUGAUGAAAUACCGGAAAAACACUUCAAUGCCUGGCAAGAGUGGGAGAGUGACCUACAGUUGCUUAGCAGCAAAUUCGAGGUGGACAGGUGUUUGAAACCAAGAGGAUUUGGAACACCUACAUCUGUACAGCUUCACCAUUUUGCAGAUGCUAGUGAGGUUGGAUACGGCACUGCAUCGUAUGUUAGAAUGGAAAACCAAGAGGGCAAAGUCCAUUGCACGCUACUUGUGGGAAAAUCACGAGUGACGCCGCUAAAGAAGAUCACCAUACCACGACUGGAACUUAAUGCGGCAGUAGUUGCAGUCCGCGUGGACUCAAUGCUCAAGAGAGAGUUAGACCUCAAGGUGGACAGAACGCAUUUCUGGACCGACAGUACUACAGUUCUCAAGUACAUCAACAAUGAGACGUCCAGAUUCCACACUUUCGUGGCGAACAGGCUCGCAACCAUAAGACAGGUAUCAAGUCCGAGACAGUGGCGCUACGUUGAGUCUGGUUUGAACCCCGCGGAUGAUGCAUCAAGAGGUCAACCCAUACAAGACUUCAUCGAGAAUGAGCGAUGGCUAAAGGGGCCACAGUUCCUGUGGCAAGAAGAGAGCCGGUGGCCAAGCCAACCGGACAUUAUAAGGGUUAAUGACCCACAGCUCGACCCGGAGAUAAAGGUGCAUGCAAUAGUGGCACAAGAAGUUGAACAGGAGAACCCAGUUGACAAACUUCUACGCCAUUACUCGAGCUGGCACCGACUGAAGAAGGCUAUAGCUUGGCUAGUAAAGGUACGCCAAGCCUUGUUGACAAAGAAGAAGCCACUGAGUCCAACAUGCUAUGAUUUGGAACAAGCAGAGUUGAUUAUCAUAAAGCAUGUGCAAAUGAAGUACAAAGAAGAAGGGAUGAGCAGUACCGUCAGAAAGCUGGAUCCUAAGUUGGAUGCUAAAGGCAUCCUUCGAGUGGGAGGAAGACUGGGAAGAUCAACCUUGCCAGUGGAAACAAAACAUCCCAUACUGCUUCCAAAGAAGUCAAGAGCAGCAGAGCUUAUGCUUCAAGAGCUCCACAGUAACGUGGGACACAUGGGAAGGGAAUACGUAAUAGCCCUGGCAAGAAAACGGUACUGGAUACCCAAGAUCAACUCCUUAGUGAGAAAGGUGAUAAGCAAAUGUGUCGUCUGUCGCAGACAGCGCGGCAAGCCAGGAGAGCAGAAGAUGGCGGACUUGCCAUCACAUCGUGUAACACCAGAUGAACCACCAUUUACCAGAGUCGGUGUAGACUACUUCGGACCGAUAGAGGUCAAGAGAGGCCGCAGCACCGUGAAGCGCUAUGGAGUAAUAUGCACGUGUAUGGCGACUCGCGCUGUACAUAUUGAAAAGGCAGACUCACUAGAUACAGACUCGUGUAUCAGUGCACUUAGGAGGUUCGUCGCUCGUCGCGGACAAGUAAAGCAGAUAUGGUCUGAUAACGGAACAAAUCUAGUAGGGGCCAAGGCUGAGAUGGAGAAGGAGAUAAAGAAAUGGAACGAGCGCCAGAUAAGUGAGACCAUGCUGAAGAAGAAUGUGGAUUGGAGAUUCAACCCACCUACAGGCUCACACUUCGGAGGAGUCUGGGAGCGCCAAAUACGCUCCAUAAGACAAGUUCUCAAUGCUAUAAGCAAACAGAAACUACAAGAUGAUGAGGGUUUGCGUACCCUGUUCUGUGAAGUGGAAUACAUCAUCAACGGCAGACCCAUAACGGCGGUCAGCAUGGACAUUAACGAUGUUGAAGCGCUCACACCAAACCAUUUGUUGACAAUGAGGUCGGGACCAAGCUUGCCACCAAGCUUGACAGACAAGAGCGACCUGUACGCUAAAAGGCGCUGGAAGCAAGUACAAUACCUCGCCGACCAAUUUUGGAAGAGGUGGACCAGAGAGUACCUCACAGCUCUACAGGAACGCCAGAAGUGGGGCAAGGUUAGAAGAAACUUUGCAGUAGGAGACAUCGUGAUAAUGAAGGACGAUCAAACACCGAGAGGCGCAUGGCCGCUGGGCAAAAUAGUGCAAGUCAUGCCCGACAGACGUGGACUAGUGCGUCGAGUGCAGGUCAAGACCCAGCGUAACAUCCUGGAGCGACCGAUUGACAAACUAGUAUGUAUUCUGCCGGAGGACGAACAGCCGUAG